GGCUCCGGAGCGCGUGACGUCGCUACUCGAGCGGAGCCGAGGCGAGGGAAAGGAAACAGCUGCGGCGCUUCGAGGUCAGCCUUUCCUCCGGCGUCUCGAGUGCCCCGCGGCCUGGCUGCGCACCGACGGAGGCGCUUCUUCCUAACGGUUCUAGCAAAAGAGGCCUCCUGGUGCCCGUGAAGUAAGUUAAUAACGGGGGGCAAGAAACGGGGGCAGCCCUAGCUUGCUGGGAAAGGGGAGCGGGGUGAGGUGAGGUGGGGGAGAUGGAAGGAAUACAUUAGCAUCCUUCCGAGAUCCCGCCAGAAUGGUGUGGCGCUGCGGUUCGUUGCCCCUUUAUUUUAUAUAUUUUUUAUUAGUUUUCCAUUUAAUAAUAUACAAUCACAUCAUUAUGAUUCACUUUACCGCUCAUGGACCUCCUUCCCUCCCGCCUCGUGGCUUUCAAAAUUAACCUUUAUAUCAUUGCAUUGUCUACGUUUUCCAAUUCUAGUUGCACUCAUUACAAAAUACCUCAAAGUUUAAAUAAAUAUAAAAAGAAAUAAUAUUUCUCACGACAAAUCUUCAGUCAACCCUGCUAGGGAUGUUAAUUGCUUACAAUAACCUUCCAAAUAUCGUAUAAAUUCACACCAGUCCUUUUGAUCCUGCUGGUUUUGGAUUUUUCCCAUCAACUUCGCUAGCUCUGCAAAGUCCAUCAUUUUCAACGGCUACUCUUCUUUCGUUGCUACUUCUUGUUCUUUCCAUUUUGGGGCUAAAAGAAUUCUUGCCGCUGUUGUUGCAUACAUAAACAGUCUUUUAUCUUUCCUUGGUAUCACUUCACUCACUUUCGUUGCCUGUUUAGAGCCAGACUUUCUCUCUUAAGAAGUAUGGCUUUCUUCUUUGCAGUGCAAGCCCUCAGGAGCCGCAUAAUACAGUACAAACUCCUCACUAGCUAGGGAACUUGCCUUGAGUUUUCAAUGACUUGGCUCUUUGUAGAAGCCGGUGGGUGUGGCCCUGGCAGAUCCAGUUUUGGCAAACUGCCUGAUCUAUUUGAGUCAAAGAGGUUCGGUUUCUACUUUUGCUGGGGUGAAACUGCAGCCCCAUCUCUUUAGGCUGCUUUGGCACUCGAUGGCGUCUUUGUUCUAAAAGGACUUGUCUUUUAUGCACAACGUUUGUUCCAUUUUUAGCUAAAUUCCCCAUCUUGUCUUCAUUUGCUUUGCAGUGGUGGAGAAGAAAAAAAUGUGCCAACUGAAAACCUAGUGCCUUUUCGCUCCUAGCUUUUCUAUCUCAGUUUCUAGCACUGCCCCAAAUACUAAUCUUGGAUUCAGCUGCAGUGGUGGUUUUGUCUGUCUUGUCUGUCUGCAUGGGCGUAGCCAGGAUGGGGGGGGCAGAACCUCAGAUUUGUAUUGAUUUGUAUUGAUUUUGAUAGAUUUAGAGGGGCAGAUGUCCCCUGGCUACGCCCAUGUCUGUCUGUCUACAGUCUUUGCACACCAGUAGAUGCGGCGUAGGAGCAGAAAAAGUUGAACACCACGCCAAAGCUGUAUUCAUAACGCUAAUCCAUAUUUGUAAGGCGAAAUGCUAUUAGGAAUGUUGGCGCUAUGGACCCAGAGAGUGAAAAUGGUAGUAAAUCAAUAAUGUAAGAAUCUUUUUUCCAAAGUAACCCACUCCCCCCAAAACACAUGUUGGCAUAAAAUGUUAGGCAUAUGUUUAAACUGUUACCAAUUUUCCUGUGGGGAGGGAGGUAUUUCUGCUUUUCUUAAUUCAUAAAAUAUGACAGUAGGUUGUUGUUGUUGCUACUUAGUAAAGUUUUAUAUAUGAUUCCUGUCUUGAGAAGUUGCAGGAGGCUAGAAUACUGCUAUUUUGAUGCUCUGUUUACUUACAUUUGAAAAUCAUGUCCUUAUUCAGGACAGGCAGGGCUGGGUCCAAGUGCAUAGAAAUGAUUGGGGCUUUUUCAUUUUUAGGUGUGGGCAGUGACCAUUUUUGUGACUUCUGAUCUAAUUUUAAUAGAAUGUAUGUAUUAUCCUGAACAAAAAUAGGAUUGGAGAGCUAAGGCUUAAAUAGUCACGAGUCGUUCCUCAAAAAUCAAGUGAGCACAAACUGUAGCAUUUAAAAUAUUUUGCUUUUAGUCUGUUUCGUGUAUUGUUUUUAAGUCGUCUUCCACCCUGAAGGCAAUUGCACAAUGGAGUAAGCCCCACUGUGGAUCUUACUUCUGCAUAAACAUGUAUGGGAUUGUGCUGUUUUUGAGAACCUAUGUAUUUCUAUUAUGUUGGCAACUGGGGUCUUAAAGGAAGGCCCUUGACACAUGUAAGAUGUGUUCUACAGCUAUGAGAUCUACCCAGCCUUGUAAAAGCCCUUAUUUCCUUUGGACUGGGUGGGGCUUGCCUGUGCCAUUUUGUUUCUGGAAUGACUUUUAGGCUGCUGUUCUAUUCUCCUAUCUGGGAAUAAACUCCAUUGAACUCAGUGAGGCUUUCUUCUGAGUAGAUGUUUUGGGAUUCUGCUAUAGGCCAUUUGUUUAAAUUGGGAAUGAAAUGUUUCUGCUGCAGGCUACAGUGUGAGUGUUAGUGCUUAAUAACUGUCUUCACAGCAUACUGCCUGCAGUGUUUAAAAAUAGCCCUCAGCUAAUUCUGUUUUGGAUUCAUGGAGCAGGAAAAUAUAUACCUGAAAAUGCAGAUUUCUAGCUGUUGUGAGGAAAGGUUAGAUGCAUGAGCAAGCUGCCUUUAUGUCUAACCCACCAGGCACACUCUUUCAAGAGUGGAGAAGGCAAGGCAGUUUUUAGGAAGCCACUAAAGAAGAGGACAGGCUACCUUGCAGCUUCCUCAAGAGAUUCUAACAGUUCUCAAAAUGUUAACAGGCUAUUUGUUCAUUCUGUUUUCCAUUCAGAGACAUGGAUGCAUUGCAAUCUCAUUCAUUCGCUCUAGUAAAUCAUUUGUCAUGGGGUGUUUUCAAAAUGUUUUUCUUUUAAGCUCCUACAAAAUAAAGGCCUUCCAUAACCUUUUACCAGAUUCAGUUGGUUUGCCAGCAAUGACCAUUCCUGGGCAGAGGGAUCCAUGCAUAGGUAACCUUAAUAUUAGGUUACUGUAAUGCUCUCUUCCUGGAGUUGCCCUUACAGCUGGUCCAGAAGCUUCAUCUACUACAGAAUACUGUAGUUCUGCUGCUAACUGGAACAUUUUAUCAUGCACAUAAGGCUGAGAUGCUAAGCUUGCGGAGCAGUUUUCAGGGAUGGCAUAUAGACCCCAUUUUUGCAUGAAUUGAAUUUCUUCUUACCCACCACCCUUAGAUGUGUUGCAGAACUAAACAUUUGCUGCUUGUUGUACUCUCUUUCACCACUUUUCCAUUCAAUACCUUGUGUUUGCUUUUAGGCAACUGAAGUCCACUGGUUGUAAAUGCCUUUGUCUGUUUGUUCUUUAAAAGCUAUUGUAAUAGAGACGAAAUGACACCAUCAUCAGAGAUGGGGGGAAACCUUGCAGUUCUUUGGAAACCUAGCACUGCACAAACCUGGGGGGUUGGUACUGGUGUGCCCUUCUUAUUUUGAGUUGGUACAAAAUGUCUGGGCUAAGAACUGUGUACCCAUCACUUGUUCUUUCCAGAGUCAAAUGAAGUAGAGUUAUUAGUCAUCAAAGUAUGCUUGCCACCCUUCACUCCUGUCAUUAUUCUGUGCAUUUUUGUCUGAAUGUAUGUGAUCUCCCCCCACUCCCUUGGCCCCAGGAUGGAGGGGGGGGUCUCAUUUUCAUGGCAGGGUGAAAGCAAACUUUCAAUCUGGAGACUUUAUACACGGUGCACCCAAAAUUUUGCAUACACCGGAUGUGAGCUCCUUGGGUACUGGGACAGGAAAUGAGGCAGGCUUCGUGCACACCACAAUGUUAAGAUUUUUUUUAAAAAAAGUAAUCCAUCAGUGUAUAAAUUUUGCCAAAUAAGCACUACUGUCAUAACCACAACGUUCUAAGAUUCUACUAAGAACAAUAGGACUGUGUCCUCUUAACUCUUAGAAACACUGAGGUGCAGAAUGGCUAUUGAUCCAGGCUAAAGUGUUGCAUGGAUAUGCCCCUCCCACAGGCACUUCUCCUUAGCCAUGGAUGUGUGUGUCAGUUGCUGCCGUUCGUGAUCUUGUCUUGGUUGCUUUCUGUUCGUCUACCCUGGGCCCCUUCCCAGGCCACAUCCUCUUUGAGUACUUUUGUGUGGCUGCAAUGUGUCCUUGAACUGUGACACAGUGGCUCUUGCCUGCCUGAAGCAAGGCAGUGUGAUAUGUGUGCUUGUGUAGAAGCCUCUGCCUUUCUGCACUGCUGCUGGGGUGUAACCUACGAUAAAAAGUGAGGGUUGCAUCCAUUUGUUCCCUCAGGUUGAAAAGCUUCCCUACCUCGUAUCUAGCCUCAGAACCAUCAGCAUUCCCAAUGUGUUCCCUUUCACACUGACUUUUGUUCAAUAUAUUCCAGCUUUCGUAGGGUCUGCGAGGACAAAUGAUGAAGUGUUAGUACAACUGAUCAUGUACAAAUCUCUAUGUAUGUAGCCUUCAACUAGGGAUAAGUUGAAACAGCAACCCUGGCUUUGCUGCUGUGUUUCCAAAGCUGCAAAGAGGCAGGUUACCUUUUCAUAGUGGGGCCUGUGAACAAGGCAGAGGAUUUGUUCAACUUACUGUAAGCAGAGACCACACUCUUGCUUGGCACUAUUCUCCUGCCCCAGCCCCUUCCCCUCCAGCUGUGUGAUGCAGCAGCAAAGAGAAGGCAGGUUGUAUUGUCCUCACUCUGAUUUUAAUGUGAUGCAAAAUAUACCCAAUGUUAGUGUUAUCUGGGCCUUCAAGGGAGGGUCAUUCUGUAACAGACGUGUCACUUGGCUCUUUCCUACGUCUCCAAUUUAUGUGGCGAUGGGAUGCAGAUGGGAAACAAACUCCCCACCCGCUAGCACAUCAGGAAUGUAUGGAUACAGGGGUUCUAUAUGAGACUACUGGCAGCUGCCACAUUCUACGCUAGCUGCAAUUGCUGUGCUAUCUUCUAGGGCAGCUUCAUGGAGAGCCCACUGCAGUAAUCUAAUCAGGCAGUUACUGCUUUGACCAGUCGGUCUUUGCACCAUACCUGUCCCACCACCACCCUGCCCCUCUCCUUCCUUGUAAGCAGCUGGGAAACGAGUGCAGUGGCUCCGCCCCAAGCAGCAAACGGCUUCUGAGGACAUGGAGAAACAAAGCUUGGUGUCUAUACCCAGAUGGCAGGUGUCCUUCCCAUUUUAUAUGCAAGUCAGAGAUCUGUGACCGAUCUCGGUCUCCUUGUUAUGUACUUGUACGAUUUAUGGGUAGACAAACUAAGGUCCAGGGACCGGAUCCAGCCCAAUUGCCUUCUAAAUCCAGCCCGCGGAUGGUCUGGGAAUCAGCAUGUUUUUACAUGAGUAGAAUGUGUCCUUUUAUUUAAUAUGCAUCUUGGGUUAUUUGUGGAGCAUAGGAAUGUGUUCAUUUUUUUUAUUCAAAAUAUAGUCCUACCCCCCCAAGGUCUGAGGGACAGUGGACUGGACCCUGCCGAAAAAUUUGCUGAACCCUGAUUUACGCUGUGGUGUGUGCAUAUCUUACUGCAUGCCCAAAUUAUGUGUUUGUAUGUAAGAAAUAUUUCGAAAGCACAUAUUAAAACAUAAUGCCCAAAGCAGCCCUGGGCUCCUUUGUCUUGCUUUAGGUACUCAGUAGCAUGCUUGCCGAAUACUAAAGGGUUACUUUCUUAUUGGACCUCAGCCCAGUAGACAGACCGCAGUGCAGAGAUGAGAUGUCUGCAAGGAGCUCGCGUACAUUUUUACUAGCUGGAAUGCCUCCACUCAUUGGCGAGCUGGACUGCACUCACAAUCUUUUUGAUGUGGGCCUCCCUCCCUCCCUCCGCUGUCAAAGUCGUGGCUGAGAGCUGUGAUGUUCACCAAGCUCAGCCCAAGGAUGAUCUUGCAGGGAAACUGGUGGGUGGUGCUGUAGGGGCCAGUUUCUGAUGUACCAUAAAGUUCAAUAUAUCUCCCUCCCCAAAAGGGUGAGUUUUACAUAGGAGCAUCCCCUGAGGAUGGUUCAGUGUUAGAGCACACCUUUUGCAUGCAGAAGCCCCAGGUUCCACCCCUGAUAUCUUCAGUAUGGCACAUUUAAGUGAAAGCACAUUUAAGUGAGUUUUGACUUUUCCUAGAAGCUGUACUGUCAUUUUAUGUUUAUAUAUAUAUAUAUAUAUAUAUAUAUAUAUAUUGUAUUAUAUAUAUAUAUAUAUUGUAUUAUAGAGCAAUUAGAAUAUUUAUUUUGUAUCACAGUUUUGUUCAUCGUGGUUUAUUGUUAAUCCUGGGAGGCAGAAAUGUAUUCUUAGAGACCUGCUCUCAGUAUAGUUGGAGUUGGGUGAACCAAGCAGCUUCUUGCGUUUCCUGUGUGGAGUAUGCUGAAGUUUAGGUCCAUCAGGAUAAUAAAAUUAAAGGAUUUUUUUUUGUUGGCAUCCACAUAGUUAAUAUAUCUCCUUUUCUUCUGUUAUGCAGCAUCCGCCACCUCAUCUGUUAACACUGAUCCAGAAGUCAUGUCAAGCAGCGGAAAGGUAAGGCAUUUUCAGUUCCUGCUCACAUAAGAUACUUCAGGUUGGUGACAACCACCAUACUGACAAUUUUGCCUUGGUGUGAUAACCUAGGUGGGCAUCUCUUGUUUCUAAUCUUGCAACACCCUGCUAAUGAGGGAAGGUCACUCAGGCUUUUGAUAUCAGGAGUGAAGGAACGAAUCUUUCCCCUUGCAGCUGUGGUUUGUUUCUGAGAACACGAUCUUGAGCACAGUUUACAUUCUUUCCUCCUGCAGCCAGCGUUGGAGCUAAACAAAAAGCAGAUGUAUAAUAAACUCCAAAAAUGAAAUCUCUACAGUGCAGAGUAGGAUGAGUGAGCUGGGGGGAAUAGAAAAUGAAGCAGAAAAGGGGGAAAGAGAGGAGCUCUGUUCGUUCAGUCAAUAAAAGUAGAUGUAGUUCAGAUUUCCAGAGGCUUCCAUAGCAGAUGUGUUAGGGCAGGCUUCCCCAACCUCAGCCCUCCAGAUGUUUUUGGCCUACAACUCCCAUGAUCCGUAGCUAGCAGGACCAGUGGUCAGGGAUGGUGGGAACUGUAGCCUCAAAACAUCUGGAGGGCUGAGGUUGAGGAAGCCUGUGUUAGGGGAUAUUCGGCUGCAAGGGCAUCUUAAUUGAGGGGCUGAGUUGAGGCCUUGUUCUGAGUGCACCACUUUAGGUGUUUGCUGUGUUUAGGGGUUUGCUGUGGAGGCAGCUGAGAGAGGCAGUAGGGCUGCAAAAGGAGGAGCAUAGAGGGAGUUCAUUAAUUGGGCUACUCAUUACAAGUGCUGUUUCAAAUAAGGAGCUGGGAACCGCCUUCAGCAUUGUGAACAGAAUCAGUCCAAAAUUGAUUCUUUUUUCUUUUUGAAAAAAGAGAGGGGGUUGCCACAUUAAAUAAAUCUGAAGUGAAAUCUUCCUUCAAACAUUGCCUGAGAUGUGUGGGAGCUGCUUUUGCCUCGGUGGCUGCUGGAGUAAUGAUUAAACAACUUGGACACAGGAGUGAGGCUGCCAAUGACCUGGCUGGGUUGCACAUGAUUGGGUCACUUAAAUAUUAUGCAAGCAACAAGGAUGCUGCUUCCAGAAAGCUGGCACCUGCAUGACUAGGAUGGCAUUUAAAUAUCUCCCGAGUUGUGAAAUCAGUAAGUGCCAGACAUCUGUGUGUGAAAUCAGUCUAAAUGUAAUACUACGUAAUUGACUUUCUCUUGGUACUGUACUUAAUAAUUUUUUUUGUCAUGCAGUGGAUAUUGGUCAGGGUAGAUGUGCCAGUGGGUAUUGCUGGAUGAUGUGGCCAGGCUCUUUUUCACACAUGCUUUGGUUCUGAGUCUAAAUGAACACUCUCACCAUAAAAAGGAUGCCAGCAGUUGUGAAUUUCUCUUCUUUUCGUGUGGGCAUAAUUUGAAAGACUCCAAUGGUUUAAUGUGUUCUGAGACAGUUCUUUCUACGUUGCAUCAUCAUAGUGGCAUGCCUUCUGGGGGGAAAUAGAAGAACAAGUGCUUUGUACCAUUUGUACACGUGGAACAGUUGAGGUUUGAAUGUCUCUUAAUGUGAUGGAUUAUUACAGUUUAUUAAAUGUAUUUAACUGGGCUACACCAGCAGCAAUAUGUAGCCUACCAGUUGGCUGUGAAAGAACAUCAGUGAACUGGGCAGGGUGAGUGAGGACACUAUAUGGAUUUUGCACCUUGGAAAGCAUGUCUUGGGCUUAAUCUGGCAUUGGCAAGGGAAAGAAGGCUUCAGCUGUACCACCCAUCAUCUAAAGGGCAGUAGAGCCUAAGCCUACUAGAUUGGGACACUGGGCUGAUGGUAGUUGUAGUCCAAAGCAGCUGGAGAGCAUCAGGUUGUCAAAGGCUGGCCCAUGCUUUAAAAGGGGGCUGUGAGCUGUAGGUUUUAGAAGUAGCAAAACCUUGCAUAAACCUACUUUCUAUAGAUGAAAGUGAUAUUAGUGUACACACCAGCAGCAGUGAAUCUUCGUUUAUCUCUCUGGAAAAAACUGCCGCCUAAGCUUAGUCAGGUGCAAGUGUAGUCUGAGAUAAUCUAAUGGACCCUCAUAAUCCUUUCUGGUACUCUGCAACAACAGGUUCCUGUGCAUUUCCAUCUCUGGCCCAUUGUCAUAUGCUUCUUGAUGGCAUUUUUUAAAUAAAUAAAAAUUCCAUGUUGCUUCAUUCUAAUAGAUGGCCCUGGUUCUGCUAUGUUAGUUAAUUGCCACACAGGGUGACAAGCUGCAAAAAAAAGCACCCUGGCACUUCAUAUGUUUAGAACCCAGAAGCUGCCAUGCAGGAGAAACUCCCCAGAGGCAGAAAAUCAUUCUGACAGCACACAGUGGGCAUCCCCCCAACUUUGCUCUGAUGCACUUUGAAUAGCUCUGGGGCCCUGAUAAAUAUUUCAGGGAGUCUUAGAGGAAAUCCCCCAGGGCAGGUGCCAAUGGAAGCCUCACACAGCUGCUGCUUUUGGCACACCUUUCAGGGGGCAAUUCUUGUCAUGCAGUCUUUUUUGUUGCCUAACACUCUUUCCAAAGAUGGAAACAAAAAGACAUUUGCAGGCCGAAAGUUAAAGACCCUUUAAAGAUCUAUGGCAAUUUCAGAAACAGGAAAUGCUUAAAGUUGAUGGAAUAGUGGGCAUUGGCUCCAUAUGUGGACAGCCAUGCAGAUUGUGCAGUCAGCGCUUGCCCGCCACUUCGUCGAUCAACGAUAUGGAUCAGCAAGGACAAAGGGGAACUAUGGACUGUGGAACUCAGUUGGUAGAUGCACCCUGAACGACUAGCAUCUACUAGUUUGUUUGUCUGCUGUUCUUUGGUUAAGUAACUUACAACCAAAACAUAACAUUCAAGAGGCCUUGCUUAAGAUACUAUCUGCUUUCGUCAAUAGUACCAUCUUCUCUCUCCGCCCCUGUAUAUGAGCAUGAGGGUUGAUUAAGUUUCAUAAAUGAAUAUGCUAGUUUUCAUUCUGAGAUCUGAGUGCAUGGCAAAGGAGAUACUGCAUUGUAAUACAGUUUAUAUCCUUGAAAAUUAGUUCUUCAGCAUGCUGCUGCUGAAACAUGAAAAUAGGUAAUGGACCUCCCAAAGAUGCAUACCAACUUCUAUUCCAAUACUUCAAACUUGUAGCUGGAGGUAUUUUUCUUUUUUUCUUCUGCAUACCAAGCUGGUAUUAUAACAUAAUUGGGUUCUGAAUGUGUGGGGUUUGGGGUUUGUGUUGCUUUUUUUGUAAUUCUGUUGAAUAAUGAAACGUUGGAAUGAAAUUUAUUAAAGCACAGCUGAAUGCUAGACAAAAGGCCUAACUUUGUGGCCAAAAAAGACAGGGCAUCUGUCAGCAGUAGAAUAAUAGUGCCUAAGAACUUAACACAGUCUCUUUUCUGUGGCAGGUGAUGUUUUUUUAAAAAAAACCCACCAUACAAAUGGCACAAAGAGGACAUUCUGUACUCAAGUUACGGGAAUCUGUGUUGAUCUUGUGACAAGCACAGAUGCACUUUGGGGAGUCUUAUCCGUUUCUAAAAAUGCAUGAAAAUGGAACGCCAAAACUAUAAGACUUGGAAGCUGCUGCUUAGGUCAUGCAGAUUCUGUUUCCUGAGAAUCUGUUUAUUCCAGAUGCUUUCCCAAUCAAUUUCUAGUGCAACAAAUGUGCUGUUACACAUUUGUUGUCACAUGCCUUUUCUUAAAGCUGGACUAUUAGGCAAGUUGUGCUUUUCUAGCAGCUGGGAAAAUGUGUCUUAUCCCAUCUUAACCUUGAGCAGGAGCAAAAAAGGCCUCCUUUGUACAGAUUUAUUUAUUACAUUUAUAUACCAGCUUUAUCUCCCAAGGAUCUCUAGAUGGUGUACAUGUGGUUCUCCUCUCCAUUUCAUUCUCACAACAACCCUGUGAGGUAGGUUAGGCUAAGACAGGGAUCUGCAACCCGCGGCUCCGGAGCCACAUGUGGCUCUUUUACACCUUUGCCGCAGCUCCGGGGCGGAUACUAGCGAGGGGAGGAGGCGCAUUGUGCGCCCCGACACUCCCCACUGUGGUGGGCGCUGUACUGGCUGUGACGUCGCAUGGGGCGGUGCGUGCGUUAGUCACGCACCGUCCCGACGUCACCUUCCCGCCCGCUGUCAGAUCGCGGCUCCGGAGAUAUAUUUAUUUUAAAUGUCGCAAUGGUUUUGCAGCUCCCAGUUGUUUUUUCUUCGGAAACGGGUCCAAGUGGCUCUUUUUGUCUUAAAGGUUGCAGACCCCUGGGCUAAGAGAUGGUGACUGGCCCAAGUCAAAUGAACUUCAUGACUGAGUGGGGGUUUGAACCCUGCUAUCCCAGGUCUUAGUCCCAACCGUCUCCCCUUGGAGUUGCACCUGUCCCCUUAUUGUUGAAGACAUUUCUGUGUACCCAGAUCUUUUCAGUUCAAUAGGGCAGUAUUUUAGCUUCGUAUAGGUUUUUAUUUAUUGAUGCAGUUUAGCUGUUAUGCUUUGUAACAGGCUCUGGGCUCCCAUUGGAGGAAGUGUGAUCCACUUAUCGUAGGCUUAUGUGGUUUCCCUACACGCAAGUGAUUUUUGCAGAAGUAAUGCAGGGAUGUAUCAACGUGACUUUCACUUUUUGUACAGCCAGUCCAGAAAUCUGGUACAGUUCACAGAGCUAGCGUAACGUAAUAAGACUGUGUGUUGCACUUGGACCCUGGGGACAAGAUUUUCAAUUCGCAGUUUGAGGGUGAGGCAGUUAUUUACGGAUUUGUUCAGGGACAUAUCGCAUGGCACAUGUGACUCUGGAAACUCUCGAGGGUGGGUUUUCCUUUUGCAUUUCCUGGUGAUCCCUACAUGAUUGAAAUCCUCUAGGUCUGUGUUUGUCAAACAGUGGGCCAGGACCUACCAGAACCACUUCUUGCCCAGUGCCUCCUUACUUGCCUGCCAUGCCAGCACCAGAAACUCCUUGCAGUGGUGUUCAGGACCAGAGAGGUUACAGGGGGGAUGAGGGCAAAGAGUCAGGGGGGUAUUAAAUGAAAUUAAGGUGAGGGGAAAGGUGGUGGUUAAAUAAUAAACUGAGAAUAGAAAGGAAGUAGAUAAGCGAGGGACACCGCUAUAGGAGGAAGUGAAUGUAUAGGGUGAAGGAAGUUGGUGGUUGCAGGGAAAAUACGGCACCAGUUCAGUGUGAAAGGAGAAUGGGAGAUUAAACCCACUGGAAAUGAGUAAAAAUAUUUGGAAAGGAAUGUGGAGCUGGGAAGCUUUCUUCACUUAGCACUUCCGGAUCAGCAAAAUCUGCCUAAAUAAAGAGGGUGAUUCACAAUAUCUGCACAGCAAAUGUCUGUACUUUGCUUGAGGAAAACUGAGCUGUGCUACUCCUUGCCGGAAGGAAAGCCCUCUGGCAAAUACAUUUGGCCAUUUCCAAAGAUGGAUUAGCUAUCAGUAGAAACUGAUGUUGGUAAUUGUGUGUGGAUUAUGCCAAACUGCCUCCAUCUGCCGCCAUUUUGUCACUGGGGGUCUUCAGUAAUUUCCAGCUGUUUCUAGUGGGUCUGGGGGGUGGGAAGUCUUGAGAAUCCCUGAGCUAGAUGUGAAUAGAGUUGGCAAAGGUUUUUCCCUCUGAACAACCAGUUGGGUAUGUGUGUGGGAGAUGCUGGGAAGAUGACAUCUAUCAUUCUCACAUCUUGUUACAUGAGAGCAUUCUCCCAACCCUCUGCAGAAAGAGGAAUAAUUGUGAAGUGGUGUGUCAUAAGUCCUGGAAUCUCAGGACAGACAUUUCAGAAGGUUCUUCUAGAGAGAUUAGUGUGGGCAGCAGUGCCUCAGCUCCUUGUGCACUGAUACUUCUAGAGGGGUGGAUGUGCAAGUAGGGAACUGUCAUUGUGAGACCAAGUUGGCAAUAUGAAUAGAAGAGCAGAAUUCUGGGCAGAGCAGCGCCUCUAUUAAUAACUUCAAGGGCUCUGGCCAUCUGUCAGGAAGCCAGACUGACUCAUCGGUGUGGGGGAAGGGAUAAGGAGAAACUGAUUUCAAGAAUUGCCUGUGCAGUUAGGAUAUUCAGAUCUCUUAAGCUUUCUUCAAAAUCUAGGGGCCCAUUUUCCACCAUGAUUUUCUUCCCCGCAUGAGAAGCUCUGAACCUGUGACCCGAAAGAGCAUGGGAAUUCUCAUGGAUGUGGCAGUUGCAGCCAUGGAAACCAGUGCUAGGUCCAUAAACCUUUUUUUACAGGCUUCCCCAUAUAAUUCCAUACAUAUAUGAGGCCAAACACUGGCCAUAGCACCACAUGUGAAAAGGAAAGUAACUGUAUUGCAUGCAGCCAAAAUAGUUUUGUAGGAAGGAUUCUAAGUUUUUGUCUAGUGGGGUACGUUGAAAGAUGAUGCACAACUUUCUGACUGUGGGAGGCGAUAGUCUUCUCCUGAAACAACCUGAGCACCAUGAUCAGGGAUAGGGAAGGCUUGUUUGGCCUUGAGCUUCUGGCAUCCUUCCUUUCAGUCCUUGUGAUGGAACGUCAAAUGCUCAAGGGCAGUGCUCUGCCACUGACUUCCAUUGUGGUUUCAUUUAUGCGUUGAACAGUCUAAAUACCUCUGCCUCAACAUCAAAUCUACUUUGCAAAGGUUAACCCUGACAGGUGUUACCAGAUGUAGUCUUGCCAUACAUUUUGGUUCCCAGAUUUCCAAAAGCGUGGAGGCAAACACCGUAGUUCCAAAAUGCCUACCUAGGUCUGGCUUUGGCAGCUUAAAGAAUAUCUGUUGGCUCACGCCAGCUAAGCCACCUUGGCUGACCUGUGCUCUGAUGCAACUUGAAACCUGGCUGCUUUGGAGACUGUAUUGUUCUGUUCUGGGCUGUGGUGAAAUCCUUCAGGGGAAAGAACUCCACAAGUGUGGAGCAGCUGCUGGACGUGCCCUCCCACGUGCCACCAUUGUAUACAUUCUGCACAUGGCAUAUUGUUUCCUUAUUGGGCCGCCUAAUUGGUAACAGCCUCAUUGUCUUUUUCUCUUUGUUUCUAGGCUGGGAGAUACAGGGGUUCAGUGAAGGAUUAUCCAGAUUUUGAUGCCAACCAGGAUGCUGAGGCCCUCUAUAAUGCUAUGAAGGGAUUUGGUAUGUGUCCUGCAACAGCUGUCUUCUGCGCACUUGAAUUUAAAAUUACUGUGACAUUAACAGGAUUUUGGCUUCAUUUUUCCUAUAUUUUCUGUGGUCCCUAUUCUUAUCUGGAGUUGUGUCAGGGGGAAAAGUCAGGGUAUAAAUAAAUAUAUAAUAGUUUCAAAUAGGAACUGUAUGGUUUUACUGUUUUAGGCAUGACUCAUCCUCUUUGUCUUCCGCAGGCAGUGACAAGGAAGCCAUACUUGAACUAAUAACAUCCAGAAGCAAUAAGCAAAGACAUGAAAUCUGCCAGGCAUACAAGGCUCUUUAUGGCAAGGUAAGUUUGAGAAGUGAUUGUUCUGUUUUGCAAGCAACUACCAUAUGCAAGUUUCAUCUCGGCUGGGGAGAUUAAUGAAAAAUCUCUUUAACUUUUGGGGAACGCAGUUAGUGGAAACCUUUCAGAUGUGAUCCAUAGAUUCUAAAAUUGGACACAGCAUGGGGCAAUUCAAAGGAAGCAGCCUGAAGAACAUGGAGGGUAGAAUUUGCACCAGGCUCCUAAAUCUAUAUCUCUUUACUGGGAUGUGAAUGGAAUCCCUGCCUUGCAACACAGAACCCCUCCUAUACAACACUGGCAGACAUAAAUGACGGGAUCAGAGGACACACUAGAUUUCAUCCUACCUGAGCAUCCUGUUUGGGAAUCUUGAAUCUACUAUUUUAGGCAUAAGAUACCCUGCUAGCCUUGUUGACUGCCUAAAACCCACUACACACAAACACACACACAAAGAGAGACAGAGGGUGAGUGAGUUCCAGAAGCCUGUAUUUCGCAGCACAGAUGGGUUUGAUCAACAGGGACCAAGAAGGACAUUCAUAGAAAUGAAUUUCUUUUUGGAAGUCCACAAAGCUGGAUGCCAAAUUUGCCAGUGAUCCUUAUAUCCUUCAUUCUGAUAACUUUACCUUUCAUACCCAGCAGAGAGAGAGAGAGAUAAAGACACCCUUCCCUUGUCUACAUUUUCCACACAUCUUAAGCCCUGUUCACAAAACACAUGUAUAUAGGGCAUUUAUGCUUUUAAGGAGGGGGCAGCAGUACAGCCCCAAUCCCUUAGUUCAUUAGUUCCCUACACGUUUGUAAUGUGUGAAUAGGGAUGCAGAGAACCCCGAGUGUGAGAAGUUUCUUUCUUUGUUCUGUCAUGAUUGAUAGCGCUCACCCAUGAAUCUGCAGGGGGUGGGGAGGAACUCCAAGAAAGGGGUUGGCUCUAGCAUCUGUUUGUACUGAGCUUUAAAGAGAGGCGGAGAGAAGAAAGUUUGCUGUGUCUCUGUCCAGGGCAAAGUGAAAGGCAAUAUUAUUUCCCACUGCUGAGUCCCCUGGGACAUGCUGAGAGUGGGGUGGGGAGGGGCAAGGAGGAGUUGGUGUCAACCACAAAUAAUGAUUGCCUGCUAAGCCAGAAUUUGUGAACUGCUGCACAGAUAUGUGUCCAUUAGUCUAGUGUGAGAUGGCUUCUUUAGCACUGUAGAAAUGGGAUGUUGGAAAAUAUUUCAGAAUUACGAGGGUCUUUGCAUAGUGAAGUGCAUUCAGCCAAGAUGUUCCAUUUCUCUGUCUCCACCCCCCACUACCACCUUAAUCUCUCAAAGUGGCACUUUGCUAGAUAAUAACAUGCCUUUAGUAAGCAAAUUCUUUAUCUUCCUCUCAAACCAUUCCAUGCUUUCAAAUAAUUUCAUUGAGAACCACUGUAAUCCAGUAGCAAGAAAACCAGUCUUUGAGUUAGGUGGCCUUUACUCAGUAUUGGGAUUCUGCCUUUGUCAAGGAGACAUUAGGUUGCCCUGGGUAAGUGUCUCCAAUCUGCAAAAUGAGAAUAAUAGGGAACUACCUCAUAGGGUAGUUUGAACAUUCAAACAAGUGUUGUAAUAUUUAAUCUGAAUUUGCAAAGUGGUUAUAUUAAUUAUUAGUAGCAACAGUGGUAUUGACUUCAGUUUCAUUGCAGAAAUUCAGCCUAAAAUAUAUCAUUGGCUACAACCCUGUGUACAUGAGGACAAUGUUGGUUAUAGUUGGAGCAGAACCAUUGAAAUUGAUGGACUUAACUAACAGGUCCAUUAGUUUCAGUGGGUCUUCUCUGAGUACUACUUGGUUUUCUACAAGCCAUAGUUUCCUGUUGCUGCUCUGUCCACAUGUGAUGCAAGAGUGUUAAUCUAACAAAAUACGUAGACCUCGCUCUGACAAUAACCUUGAACUCUGAACCUUGAAAUUACUUGUAAGACCACAGGGCCAUUCUGACCAAUGAGACAUCUUCCAACAAAGUGAACCCAGGAAGCAAUCUCAUUUUCUCUCUUUUCCUCCUCUGUCUUUUCUGCCAUUUUAUUAGGACUUGAUUGCAGACCUGAAGUAUGAACUCACUGGGAAAUUUGAACGGCUGAUUGUGGGCCUAAUGAGGCCCUUGGAAUACUUUGAUGCCAAAGAAAUAAAAGAUGCUCUCAAGGUAAAGGGGGAGUGAGGGUUAGGGUUUGCCAUUUCUUUUGGGGCACAUGACAGCAGUGGCCUUCUUUUCACUGUGCCUUUCGAUAUCAUUUUUCCAUUGGUGAGUACAUUCAACUCAUACUGAUCUGCAGAGAUGGUUAUUUGGGUUAUUUCAUUUUCUUGGGUUGCAGUGUGCUGUAUUUCAUACGGCUGACUUGUUUCCCUUACUCUCAGGGUAUUGGGACUGAUGAGAAGUGCCUCAUUGAAAUUCUGGCUUCUAGGACCAAUCAGCAGAUACGUGCUCUAGUGGAGGCCUACAAGGAUGGUGAGUAUAGAGGGCAGGGGCUGUGACACUUCCCUGGAUUUUGAGCAGACUCCAGCUAAUAUUAAAGAUAUCCAUGAUGAAGCAGAGAGUAAACUAUUGAACACAGUGGGACUUGCUUCUGAGCAAGCAUGCAUAAGAUUGUGAAUGUAUCAUAUAAUUGGCACAUAAAAUAAAAUGAGUUUCUUCCUCCAUCUUUGUUUGUUUAUAAAGAUUUAUACCUUUUAUAAACAAUUUCCUGCUUUGGGCAAGUCCUGCUUUGGGCUGCUUACCUACUUAUCUCUUCUGCCCUAAGUCUCCUUACAACUUAGGAUAAUUUUGUUUUAAAAAUUCCAAUAGAGUUAAAAAUGUAAGUGCUCAAACUCCCAGCCACAUGAACAUAGGAGUCUCAUUUCAACCCUGCAUCCAACUUCCAUUGCCUUGCUUUAUUCUCCUCAAUAUAUCCCACUUCUCCAGACCCUUAUUUUUUGACCCCCUUUCCUCCCCUCUAGUCCUACUGCUAAUGAAUGCCUUUGUGCCAUGGGUUUUGAUAACUCAUCUCUCUCUUUUUUAAACAUUCCCAUAGCAUAUGAGAGGGACCUGGAGGAAGAUGUUGUAGCAGACACCUCGGGACACUUCAAGAAGAUGCUUGUCGUCCUCCUUCAGGUAUGUUGGCCCCUGCACUCAGUAUUGUCCCUUCAGAUGUUUUGCAGUACUAAUGGGUUCAAUUCCUUGUCCUUUCUACAGGGCACCCGGGAAGAAGAUGAUGUUGUAAGUGAAGACUUAGUGCAGCAAGAUGCCCAGGUUGGUGCAAUUUACAUGAUAACUUGCCCAAUUAAUGAUGAUCCAAAGAGUGAACUUUGCUUCAUCUGGGUACAAAUCUAGAUUUAGGGGAAAUAGGUAUACUUGAAAAUCUGGCCAAUAUAUUGCCCAGGUGAUUCUUGCAGGUUUUGAAAUGAGUUCUCUCUGCAUGCACACACCCAAUGCAUCAGUUAUAUAGACCUAAAAACAGACACCCCUGUGAUGACAUCUCCUAGCAUGAGAGGUUCAGACCUGAACAGUGCAUUUUCUCCACCUAUCUGGUAUCUGCAGUCAAGGAUUUCAUGCUUUUCUGAGCCAAUUGGAGAACUCAUCAUUUCCUGGAUUGAUGUCUUGUUUAUGAAUCCAAAGUAGAAUCUCUGGUUCUAAAAUACUGCAUCUAUUGAAAUCAAACUGUUGAACCACUGAAAGCAGUCAGCUCUGCUUUCAAAUACUUUGUAAGACUUCUGCACAUACUUGUUGGGAUGUAGGUAUUAUGAAAGCUCCUGUUUAGAAAUUACUGGUGUUUAUCUUACUUUUAUAUAAAAGCUAAAUAUCCCCAGCAACUUGAACCGUAGAGUGGUGGUUUCCUUGCAAGUAUUGUAAGUUAUGUGAUCAGAACUAAGAUUGCAAUCUCCUGCUGAACAUAUUUCUCAAGUCUUUAGUAGUAAAUAAUACAAUUUGAUUUUUGUUUUGUUAAAGACUGAAUAGCUUCCCAGUAUGUCCUAGUGCAUCUAGUUGAAAGUAAGACCCAGUGAUGAUAUCCUAUUAUUACUUGGUUUGCUGAUUGCAUAAGUCUGAUAGAUUUUGCUUACUGUUUUUGAGAAUUCACCAAUAGUUUCCUCUUGAGUUGCAUGCAUCAUUAUUCUAAGACAAAUUCCUGUAGAGUUUCAAAGUUAACUGGACUUCUUUAUACUAGCCUCUUCAUGGUGAUCCCUGUUUUUAAGCUGCUGCUGUUGUGUUUGUGUGUGUUUGUGCUUUCUAAAAGAAUCUGUUGGAUGCUGGGGAAGCAAAAUGGGGCACAGAUGAAGCCGAAUUCAUUUACAUUCUUGGAAGCCGAAGCAAGCAACAUCUUCGGCUGGGUGAGCUUGCAUUCAAAUACUAGGUUACAAACAAUAUCUUACACUUCUUUUUAGCCAAACAUCACAUUUCUUCACAGAGUGCAUACCAGUUAAGACCCAGCCACACUUUUGCAUGUCCUGUGCCCAGGUCCAACUGGUUUUUCACUUGUCUCACACUUUCUAGGCACGAGUCUGAGCAGUUUUGCCCUUGCCCCUCCACUUUCCCUGGGAAAACCCUUUCUUUAGUGAUAAACUUUCACAGACAUCAAUCUGGAGAAAACCCGAUUGACAUUUGCUCUGACUGAGAGUUAAAGAGUGGUUUUCCGCAGGUUGGGGAAUGGCAGGGCAAGGGCAAGUCUGAAUGAGCCCUUAGUUACAAUGGACAGGAGUCUAUAAACUUGCCCUCUAGUGGCUGAAUUAUAUAACUGAUGAGGCCUUAUAGGUGUUCUGCCAGAGUUGUUCUUUGCAAUUUGGUUAUAAUGCUACCUUGGCUCCUAAGAACACUUUUUUCUGUUGGAUGAAUUAUUUGAUUAAGGGAGAAUUCAGUGCUGAGCAGAAAACUCAAUAGUGCGACCCCUAAGUCUUUGCAGGUAACAAUAAGACAGGAACCUUGACUUAAUGAACCAUAAUGUGCUUAUGGAGUCAGUUCCCUCUUCAUGCAAGUGGGUAAAUGAAUCAGGAAAAGAGCUUAAGAGUUACAUCUGAACCUGAGUUUGUAGCUUGUUUCUGCCUAACAAACCAGGAUUUGUAAACAAACAACAAACCUUGUUUUAAGGCUGGCUGUUGAUCCUGGCUUGUUGGGGGAGAAAACAUGUUAAAGGGCAACAUACUACAACUCCCGUGUGUGAGAGACUGUGCCUCUCCUAUGCUUCCUUUUCAGUCUUUGAUGAGUAUCUGAAGAUCUCUGGCAAGCCCAUUGAAGUGAGCAUCCGGGGAGAGCUGUCUGGAGACUUUGAAAAACUGAUGCUAGCUGUAGGUAAGUGGGUCAGAUCUUGUUAUUUGAAGUGGUGUGGCAGACUAGAAGUGACUUCAAAGGUCAGACCCUUUCAGCCUAAACCUGUGGGUCAAUUCAAAAUUAAAGAUGUCAAGGUCUUUGCUAACCCAGUUGAUGUUGGGUGUGCUUUAACAAAAGGCAGACUCCUAAAUUUUAUUUAGCUCUGAACUUCAGCUCUGGAUUAGGCACAUGACUUGAUUUAAGGGAUGGGACUUUUCAGUAUCUAAGGUGUUCUGGAAGGAUGAGAGGCAGAACUGAUCUUGUCAGCAUGGAAUGGUAAAGAGUGUUGGGGAGCAGAACAGAGAACUAGAGGUAGGGAUGGAAUGGAGUUUCCUGUAGGAGGGUCUGGCUGACUCGCUGGAACCUGGAACAGGAGCAAUCCAUACACCAUAAUUUUCUUACAGGUCUCAUUUGUGUUCUCUGAAUAUUCCAAAGCAUUUUUACUUUUGUGUCUCAGCCCAGGUUUUGAAGGGAUAAGGAAGCGAUUGCAUUUUGCUAGGCAACAGGCAGGGAGCAUGAGCCUCUAGUUAACACUCUCUCCUGAUUCUUCUUUCCACAGUGAAGAAUAUCCGGAGUACAGCAGAUUAUUUUGCAGACAGGCUCUUCAAAGCCAUGAAGGUGAGAGGCAUUCCAGGAGCCUUGGACAGUGGAUUUCUCCCCCUCUUGAGUGCUUUGUGAUCAUGUUAUAGAUGUUGUGCUAAAUAUAUUACUACAUUUAACUGGUCUUGUUGUUUUUGUUCUAAAAACAGCUUGUCAGUAUUGAGACUAUGGAGGGCAAGGGCUUAGUCCUUUCUCUGCCACUUUGGUCUUGGCUUAAAUUCCCACCUAUCUAACUUGCAUUUAGCUUCUGGAGAUAACUGUCCAUUGACAGUAGUCCCCCCCCCCCCCAAUUUCCCCAUUACUCUAAUGAUAUUUGAGUAAUAUGGAUUUCAGAGAGCUUUCACUACAAACAUACAGCAUUUCUAGAUUUAGCUUUUCAUCUCCAGUGUCCUUGAUAGUGGGGAACACUUUUUGGUGAUACAGGCUUUCUUAGUACUCUGUGUAAAACCCUUAUAGAGGCAUAGGGGGUAGAAUCAACCCACUUCCUGCAAAAUGGCUGGGAGAGAGAAAGCUCACUCCCCACCAUGGGCCAUUGGAGCAACAGCUGUUCUGAUACCCACCUUCAUUGUCAGCAUUACCAGGGAUUGUUCUCAGGCUGUCAAAGGGCAGCCGUCAAAGUCCAAAGGGUCCAGAACUGUAUGACAGCUCCACUUCAGGGAAGAUGCAGCUUGACCCAAAAGAGGUCCAAGUACCUUCAAAAUGCUUAGGCCUCCGCAUUUGGGCUUUGUUCAAAGCACAUUCAUUCAUUCAUUCAUUCAUUGGAUCACAUUCCUCAAAAAAGAGCCCAGGGUAAUGUACAUCAGACACAUAAGCAAAAGAUGUGGAACAGUGCUUGCGUUCAUUAAUGUUUUUAAGCAAACCCUGAUUUCCACCCACCUCUACUUUGGGAUAUUUUGUGUGACCCUUGUUGAUCUGUUUCAGGGCUUAGGAACGAGGGACAACACGUUGAUUCGGAUCAUGGUGUCACGCAGUGAGAUUGACAUGUUGGACAUCCGGGAGAUAUUCCGGACUAAAUAUGAGAAGUCACUGCAUCACAUGAUUGAGGUAAAUACCGGUUUGCAGCUGGUCUACAAUGGAGAAAUGAGGGGAGGGGGAAAUCCUUCCUUCUGCUCCAUAACGAAAUUUCCCUGCUCCAUCUCUCAUACCUCACAUUAUGCUUCGGAAAGAUAAUCACCAUAGAAAGGCUUGGAUAGCCUUAGAGCAUGUAGGGACAGACUUCAGAAUUGUGGGAUCUGCUUUGUGGUUUUUUCACUGGAAUCUUGAGACCCACCAGUGGAGUCAGGUGUAGAAAUAGAAGGGAGGGUGGAAUGAAAACUCUGAGAGAAGGGCAAGAACUCCCUGGAGAAAAGGUGGGAUAUAAAUGUAAUAGUAAAUAAAAUAAAAUUCAGGAGCAGGGUGCCUCAAUGUAAGUACAUGAUCAAGCCAGGAAUUUGUUUUCUGUACUAGGGCUGACCUUGUAAUCAUUCACACAAAAGUUCAUUCCUAGUUUUCCCCCAAGCUUCAUUUCAGUAGACCUUAAAAAAAAUGGGGGUUGUUAACAAAUUUUGGGAGUGAGAAACACUUGCCAAUCUACUGCAAAUCACUUAGCAAUCUGCCAGUAGAUGAAGAACUGCCUCCUGCCCAACUUAGAGAGUUGCUUGAGCUAACCUUUACUUUCUGAGAAGCCUAUUUGGUGUUUUUGGCGUUCAUUUGCCCUUUUCUAUAAGAAUCCACCUCAUGUGACUAAAGGAUUUGGAGUUUUUCUUUCAUUUUCUAAACAAAAUUCUAAUUCAAGAAACACUGAAAUGGAAGAAAACUUGGGUCCUGUUUCCAGACUUCCCACAGGCAUCUAGUUGGCCUUUGCUCUGCAAAGAGUUCCCAUAACCCUCUGUUUUAAGCUGCAGUUUUGAAUCUCAUGCUCUCUGCUGUGGGUAUGGGUACCAAACACUUUAGGCCACCUUAACUGGGGAUUUUUUGCCUUGUGGAUGGCUCGUCCAUAACAGUUGAUACUUUGAGUGCUUGUGUGUAUGUGCAUUUCAAACCAACCAUCUUUCAUUGCCUUUGCAGAGUGACACAUCUGGUGAAUACAAAAAAGCGCUUCUGAAGCUGUGUGGGGGAGAUGAUGAGUAAGCUCUACUACUAGUUAAACAUUGCUCUGUGACUUUUAUUUCUCUUAACAAGGCUAGUCAGUAGCUGUUUUACUGUCUGAGUAGGGUACCAGUCCCUGAUAACAAUAGUCUUGGAAAUCCACCCUAGUUUGUCAUACUGCUAAACUUUAUGUUUACUACAGACCUGCAAAGACAGUGGGAAAUUUUCCAUUGGCAAAGAUGCUCAGGUUCUGUUUUUUGAAAAUACUACUCAUGUAUUAGUUAAAAAAUGUAUAGGACACUGGAAUAAUUUAAUCUUUAAUUUCUGGGGGGGGGGGGGGGGAAACAUGUCUUUCUUAGCUGGAAGCAUUUUAAAAAGUUGAAAACCAGACUGCUGUCAAUGCACCAUGCAGAUUCCUUUGAAUACAAGUAAAGCUUUUUAAGAAAAAACUUAGGGAGAGAAGGUAUAUAUAUUUAUUUGACACUGACCUUCUGACAAGGUUGAAAGGCAUAUUUUCAAACUGGGAUAGGAAAGAACCUUUUCAUCCUACACUAAGUUUGUCAUACAGCAGGGCUCCCAAGGGUUUUUCAAUCUCGUUUUGUUAAACCUAUGAGAGUCUGUAUCUGGGAUGGGCAACUUCAGCAUAUCCCUGAGGAUCAUACUUUCCUUUUCUUCCUGGUCAAAGUGUACUGAUGGUCAUUGUUAAAUGUGCCCCUUCUUCAUCCAUAGAAUCAUGGAAUUGUAGAGUUGGAAGGAACCUCGGGGGUCAUCUAGUCCAACCCCCUGCAAUGCAGGAAUCUCAACUAAAUCCCAUAAGCCAGGUGGCCAUCCAACCUCUGCCUAAAAACUUUCGAGGAAGGAGAGUCCACCACCUCUCUUGGGAGUCUGUGCCACUGUCAACAGCUCUUACUAUCCGAAAGUUCUUCCUGAUGUUCCCACACUAGUGGCCCAGCACCACAAUAAAGCUGGUACCAUCCUGCGUAGGGAUAUGGCAAUGGACGCAAUUGGGUAUUGCCAGGGCAUUCUAUUUAAAAUGCAAAGAAGAAGUGUAACCACACCUUUUCUUCCGUCCCAGUGGGGUGAGAGGGUGAGAAUGGCACCAGCUGACUAAUUCAAGGCCUACAUAGUAUGUUCAUGUGUCUCCAUGAAGUUCAUAGACCUUGUGUCCUAUCCCCUCCCUUUUCAGUGCUGCAGGUGAGUUCUUCCCUGAGGCUGCACAGGUGGCGUAUCAGAUGUGGGAGCUUAGUGCAAGGGCCAAAAUAGAGGUCAGAACCUGCUCCUCCCCUUUUCUGCCUGCCCUUUGCUGGCUCGAAACCACAGCUGCUUCACUCUGCGUGCUGCUGACUCCUUUCUGCUAGGCCUCUUGGUUAACCUUCCUGUUCAGUGCGCUACCACUAUAACCAAACACCUCCUUAAAACAUGCAUUUUUAACAGAUAUGGCUUCAUGGCAACCUUCCUCCUUACUCCUGAUCUUGUGAAUGUCUAUGAAUUGACUCCCUUGAGAUUCUGGUUGCUUCCCAAUACAUACUGGCAUGAAAUAGCUCUCUACUAAUAUACUGGUAUGAUUAAAGGGGGGGGGACAGCCUGAUGAGGUUGCUUUGUGUUAGGUGCCCACUGUAGCAUUACCUUAAGCUAAUGGAGCUGGAACUUGAAGGAAUCAAUCCACUGUGCCUCUUAACAACAUCUGGCUAUAAGCAGACACUGCUUUUUUAUGGAGUAUUCAAAAUACUGAGUUACCUACUGAUCUCUUUCAAAGGGUGAAUUCGCACAUCACAUGUUUCAUGUGAUAGUUAAAGAUAUCACUUUAUUAACUAACCCUGUAGCCAUCCCAGAUUAUUUUCCCCUCAUGGUAUACAGUUGCUUAAUGCCAGGAAGCAAGAGGUAGUGAUAACCUGUGGCAAUUGCCAUAACUGGAACAGACUGUAUGAACUCACCUUACUUCCCCUGCAUGUGAAAGAGGGAACCAUGUUCUCAGUUCAUAGAAAAGCCACCAGGCUGUCCUACUAGGAGGUGGGGACCUGAAUGAGGACAUCCUCUCCCACCCCCUAACUUUGGAAAAUGCAUGGGGAUGAACAGUGUCUAGAUGCUGUCUCUUUUCUUUUUUAUUAUUUUUCACACUUUCUUUCUCUGGAAAGCAAUAGCCCUUAUUAGGAGAUUCUUUUUUGCCAUUACUUAGACGCUUUCCCCCUGGCUUGGCUAUUUUUCUUUUAAUAAACAAGAGGAUUGUUAACUUCCCAGCUUGCUCUAUCCCUGAUGGCUGCUUUGCCCUUAACUUUCUGCUGGUUCCCCCUUUCCCUUCAGUAGGCAUGGUUUUAAUCAAAACUUCUGUUUCUGUUUUUCUGUAGCUGAAAGGAACCAUUUAUCCAGCUGCAGAUUUCAAUGCUGAUGGUGAUGCAAAAGUACUAAGGAAAGCCAUGAAAGGUUUUGGUAUGUAAGGCUUUGCAAAGGAGUUUUGCCACUCAUGCACUGUGAGGAAAAUCAGUCUCCUGUAUCCUGUGCAAAAUAUAUAGGCUUUCAGGAUGGGGGGAAAUUCAGAGGGUCUUAAAAGUCCAGAUUUCUUCAUUGAGAACUGUCCUACCUGAAACACUUUUUAAAUGUGUUUUAAGCACUUUUUUAAACACCGGCCUUCUCCAACAAAGUACCCUCCAGAUGUUGUUGGACUACAACUCCCAGCAGUCCAAGCCAACAUUGUCAAGAGGGAUGAUAGGCAUUAUAGUACGAAACCUCUGAAAGGCACCAAGUUGGGAAAGGCUGUUCUACAAGAUACGUCUCCAGAGCAGCUCCCUUCAAGACUGGGGAGGAGACUUCUUACCUCCUUUCGCUCAUUGCUCUGUGAUGAAAUGAAAUAUCUAGUGGAUUGUGUUAUCAUUUCAAUGAUUCCUGUUAUAGUUCGAUGGAUCAAUUCUCUGGUGAGAGAUACAUAUAUGUAUGGCCUUUCUUAUGUAUUUGGUAACCAACCCCUCUCUUAGACAAUUACAAGGAAUGGUCUUGAUGUUCUAUGGCAUCCCUUAAUUUUGGCUGUGUGGUCUAUUUUUUUAUUUGGAAAAGAAAAUAAUGCCCCCUGCAGCAUGGAGUUGUCCACCAUUGGAGGCAAUUUACUUUAAGCAUCCUCCACAUGGUAUCUAGGAGCCACUACAUCUACAAGAUGUAGUGUAGGGGCUGUUAAGAAGAAAUCUCCUGUGUGCUCUUGUGUAUCUUGGUUCAGCCUAAACAGAGUGAGACCCAAGUUUACUGCCUAUAGUUCCUUUGGUUUGUUGUGCAGGGUCAUUUGGGCAUCCAAAUUUUUACGAUUUGCAAAAUGGCAGAGGGAAUGGUACAAGCAAAUUCACAUAUUUGUAGAAAGCUGGAAAAUAUUGGCCUGUUCUCUCUCCCCCCCCCCCCCCCGAAAAGAUGUUUGCUCUUGCCAGUGAAUGAAUAUCAAAAUCUCAACUUGGUGUUAUGCUCAUUUGAACAGUUUCCCUCCCCUUGAUUGGUAUCUGUGGGACUGUGUCAGUUGGUAGCUCCCCAGGAUAAAAUGUAGGAGUCAAGUAUAAAUACUAUUUCUGAACAGAGUCAAGUCUCAUGAGUUGUCAAAAACCGGAUGACUCAUAGUUUAUUUUGUUGGGUUUCAGGCACUGAUGAAGGUGCUAUCAUUGAGGUUGUCACACAGCGGAGUAACACCCAGAGGCAAGAAAUCAUACAAGCAUACAAGUCUCAUUAUGGCCGGGUAAUUAGAGCAUUAUCUCGUAUUUUUCUAUUGUUCUUCCCAGUAUGUCUUUCCACCACCACCAUUUAUUUGUACUUUCAUCUGCUGCUGUUUCCUCCAAUGUCCAUAGAUGUGUCAUUAAAAAAUAAAUCCCUUUUUAAAAGCAGGAAUUUGGCAUUAUUAUUAUUAUAAUCUAUGGAAGAAAUUCAACUCCCCUAAUCAUUGUAUCUGCACAUGCAUAUUGGCUUGCCAGAUGAAAUGAUUCCCCUCUCUUCACCCUUGUGCUGUUCUAGGGGUUCUUCUGACCCACCAAAGAACCAACUGAGGGGGGCAUGUGGGGAAAAGAGAGGAGGGAAAGCCUAUUGCACAAGCAGAAGUCCUUUCAGAAAGUUUCCAUUAAUAGGAUUAGUUAGGUGAAUCUCACCCGUUAUUUUAUUUCUGAACCACCCUUCUUCCAUAGGAUUCCAGCAAAUUAAAGCACAUCACAAAAAUGGAUUGAGUGUUAUUUAGCUAAGUUUUACGCAGAGUAAACUCCUUGGAAUUAAUGGACCUAACAUGGUCAUGUUAAUUUCAGCAGGUCUGCUCUGACUAAAACUUAGUUCAAUAUCACCCAUCAUCUUUCUGUUGCUUGCUUAUAUUCCACUUUUAAGUCAAAAGCCCCACCCCAAGCAGCUGACUGUUUUAAUUACUUGUAACUAGACAAGAUUGUAGAAAAUCCAGGAACUGAAUUCCAAUGUUUGCUUGUUUAAAAAAUAAAAAGCAAUGGAUAGAAUAACUGUAUGUGUGUUUAUGGGGUUGUGGAUCAAGGCCAAAGUACUUGGAGAGGGUGGAGGGUUUUUAUCCUUUCCAGCCUUUGCUGUUUUCCCAGUGAAAAUCCCUCUGAACCUUCUCUUUGCCCUGUGUAGAACAAAGCAAAGAAUUAUGUGUCUAUGUAGGACAGUUUAGACUAUUAGCUUAGGAAAACAAUGCAGGGAGAGAGGGGUUAAACCCAUUCUCCUUUCCCAUUGUCAUGGGUGAAUGUUAAAUCAAAACUACUGAUCCAUUUGCUCAGUAUUGCCUGCCUGAUGGGCAGCAGUCCUUCAGGGUUUCAGAUCUGUGUUUCCCAUGACAGGACCUGAUAGCUGACCUGAAAUCUGAAAUAUCGGGGCCCUUGGCAAAGGUUAUUCUUGGACUAAUGAUGACACCAGCGCAGUAUGAUGCUAAGCAACUGAAGAAAGCUAUGGAGGUAUUGUAGCUUUGUAAGAUAUAUAUACCCAAAUGUGACUUUAUUGCUUAAUGUUAUAUAACAGCAGGCCCUGGGUGUAUGGAAGGCCCCUCUCUUUCUGAUUUAGGUUCUGUGAAUGGAAACUCACCUGAUACUUUUUAAGCGUCAGUGAGAUGAAAAGGAAACUUUUCCCUUGCUUUGGUACUCAAAGGACAUAAUGAUGUGUAAGGAGCAGGCCAAGUUGAAACUGUCCCAAGUGUGUCUACAGUAUAGAUCCAGAACAAGCAGGCUUGUUUGACAGGGGGAAACUGGAAGUCCACUUGUUGCCCUGGGGGCUACAAACCAUAGAGGCUCAGAGUCACAUAGCCCUGGUUUGUAGCAAGACUCCCCAGAGAACGAGGCCAAUUCCCCAUGCCGUCUUUAGAAACUAAAACUAAAACUGGGAAUUCCCUUUUGGUACUCACCCUUAUCAAACAGUAUGGAAUCCACCCCCACCCCUCGCAAAAAAGCUAGUUCCAGAAUUCAGGUCUCCAUGAGGAGAAAGGGAGGUAGGGAACCCCCUACUCUGCUUUUCCCUCAAGGAGAUUCUUCAGCCCUUGUGAGACUGUUAGGGAUAUUUCUUCUGGCCUAGCAUAACCUGCGUUUCCUGAUUCCAGUUCUAGCUGACUAAGCUGUGAACCACCCUCCUUUUAUUGAGGAGUUGCAGGGGGUUUCUGGAGGUCCCUGUGAGCUCAAGGGCUGGUAUUCCCCAGCAGUGAGAUGCCUCGCAUCCAGAAAUGUAGCCACUUCUAGACAGUGCUCCCCCCCCCCCCCUGUAAAAUGAAAUAAAAUAGUUGGCCUGCUUGUAGAUACUCUGAAAUAUAUUCUAACAACUGUCAUGUGCCUUUAUAAUCCUUUCAGGGGGCUGGAACUGAUGAAAGUGUUCUCAUUGAAAUUUUGGCCACUCGGAACAACCAGGAGAUCCAAGCAAUUAACACAGCAUAUAAAGACGGUAAUGUUCUCUGAGGUGCAGGACCCCUCUUUAAGGAAUAGGUGGACUUAUAAACACACACUGUGUCUGUGUGAGAGAGAGGGGGGGAGGGAGACAGAGAGAGAGAGAGGGAGAGAGAGAGUUGCCCCCAUGUUUCCUGUGAAGAUGAGGCCUUUGUGCAUCCAUAUGCCAAUAUGUGAGUAUACAAUGAUCACAAUUAGGAAAGACAAAAUGUCCAAAACCAAUCUUCAGGUGGGAGGUAGGAUGAGGAUCAGUCCUCUGCCAUAUGUUUUUAAUACCCCCAUCAUGAUGUCUUCCUCUACUCUUUUUUCAGCCUACAGUAAGUCUUUGGAAGAUGCACUGAGUUCUGACACUUCGGGGCAUUUCAAAAGGAUCCUCAUCUCUCUGGCUCUGGUAAGGACUCUCUCCUGCAUGCCUCCCAAAUAGCAGGACAAGUAGAAACCACUGAGCUGUUUCCUGACACAAAGGUGGAUAGAAGUGGUUGAAGGAGUUGGCUGUGCUUAGCCUGGAGAAGAGGUGAUUAAGGGGUGAUAUGACAGCCAGGUAGUUGCUUCUUUGAUGUAGUAAAGGAGCGUCUCCACCCCCAUAGUUCUGCCUGGACACUUGAGGUCCAGCGGCGAGGGCCUUCUGGCUGUUCCCUUGCUGCGAGAAGCCAAGUUACAGGGAACCAGGUAGAGGGCCUUCUCGGUAGUGGCACCCACCCUGUGGAACUCCCUCCCACCAGAUGUCAAAGAGAAAAACAACUACCAGACUUUUAGAAGACAUCUGAAGACAGCCCUGUUUAGGGAAGCUUUUAAUGUUUAACAGACCUUUGUAUUUUAAUAUUUUGUUGGAAGCCGCCCAGAGUGGCUGGGGAAACCCAGCCAGAUGGGCGGGGUAUAAAUAUAUUAUUAUUAUUAUUAUUAUUAUUAUUAUUAUUAUUAUUAUUAUCAUUAGUGAAUUGGUUUUCUGUUACUACAGAGGACAGGAUCUGAACCAUUGGGUUCAAAUUGCAAGGGGUGGUGGUGGUCUGGAAGAACAAUUCUGACUGUAUGAGCUGCUCAAGCUGCCUUGAAAGGUGGCGAACUCUCCUUUGUUACAUAUUUUUGAAUACGUAAGCUGUCAGGGAUGCUUUAUUAGUGGUACGGGGGACGGUUGACCAGAUGGCAAUGGGGGUCCCUUCCAACACUAUGAUAGGGAAACCUGUGAUGAUUUCUGCCUGUUCUUCAUGCGUUAAAAGUCACAGGAGACCUGACUGAAUGCAAAACCUGGCAACCUACUUGGAAUUUGAAGGCUGGUUUACGUUGUUCUGCCUGUCUCUGCACUGUUGCGGACCACCACCUCCUUUUUGUAAAGCUAGGUUAUUAUUUUUUUUGCUGCCCCACUGUAAUAUGCAUCACAUUUUACAAAUUGCUAGCCAUGAUGUUGCGGUCGCCUUGUGUCUAGAAUUAAAGCAGCACAUGAGACCCCCACAUUUUGAAUGGUAGGCAGCACCCAUCUUCCUCCUGCCAUUAGUUAUUUCCACAGGACAAGAGUGUUAGGUGGAUGGGGCAUACUAGAGAUGGAUGGUGGCAGCAGCGGUGAUAGUGAUAGCAGCUCUGUCAGCAUCAGCUAGAUGUCAUUGUGGUUGUCCAUAAGGCACGGAGCGACAUAACACUGCUCCUGUGCAUUGUGGCCCAAUUGUUACAGCAUCCAGUCAGAGCAUCCUUAGGAGCCCCAAUUGCCUGAGGAUGCUGCCUGCUGGUGUCAGACUUGCUUCUAGUCAUUUUUACAGAUGCUUUUUGCACCUUUAUUCACUACUUUCGAUGUUUGGACACAGGGGGCCCGUGAUGAAGGAGGAGAGGACCUUGCCAAAGCUCAGGCGGAUGCCCAGGUGAGAAAUGCACACUUUAAAAUAUAUAUUCUUGAAAUAAAACCACACAUGCAAAGGUGGUUAAUUUAUUUCUGCCUUUCCCCCGCAAGGCUGGGAAUUGAAAAUGAUGAAAUGAUACUCCCUGAUCUUUGCCUCUGUCAAACUGCCGCACUCCAUGCUAAAUCGUGUGGUUUCUGUGAUUCCAGAUACAUUGGAAAUAAGAUACCAGAGACUCCCCGCCCCCAAAUAGUUUUCUGGUGUUCUUAAAUGCCAUCAUAUUAAUGAUAGUGUUGCAAGUCCUAGAAUAAAGAGUUGUACCAUCCUGACAUUUUCAAUUAAUAUACAGUAAAGAGGUGGUUUCUGUUUUGGGAGUUUAGUGGUAUUGUUGCACACCAUGACUGUAGUUUUGUAAUCCAUAAUAAGGACAGCUGUAUUAAAAAUGGAAAAUGGUUAGGUAAUCCAUUUUAUAUGCACAUAGUUUGUUUAUGUGCCCCCAGCUAAGUUCUGAUUUAUGUGGAACGAUGCAGUUAGCAUUGUUACCAUGUGGGGGAGUGCUGAUACUUCUGCAUGCUUGUGCAUGUUUUUAAACCGACUGUGUUUUGUUGCUGCUGAGUCUACUUAGGCAGGAGAAAGAGAGAGAUACAGAGGCUGGUGGCUAAAAUGCUGUAUUUUAGGCAGGUCAUGGCAAAACUAAACGUGUGUCAGUUAGUGCUGAGCAAGGUGAGGAUGCAUAAUGGGACGUUCAGAAUACACCUAAAUUGUACUUGUUAGCGAGACCACACAACACCACCCACCUCCCCCUUCACAGCAUCUAAUUCUAACAUAGAUGUCACAUCAGCAUACUGAAACUGCAAGCAGGAUUAUUUUGGCAUGUCACUUUCCUCCCCCCACCCAAUCAACCAGAAUUGUUAUUUCCUGUCAUAUACAAAACCAAGCCCCUCUCAUCUUCCAUGUCCCUUUUGCCUUAGAUUUCUAAUUUCUGCUCAAGUGCUGAAUGCUCUCUUUCCCCACAAUUCUUGGUCCAUCUUUGGCUUGUCCCCUCUCUCUGGAAGCUCCUUGGGGCACAGACCUUGUGUUCUUGAAGUCUUGCGAAACUGGGCAUAUGUGUGCAUGUGUAUGUGAUUAGAACAUUCUUUACCCCAGGCCAAAGGUCCUUUGCAGAUAUGUUUCCCUUUCCUUUUCCAUUCUAUUUUUGGCCCUCUUCCACAUCUGAGCAUUAGCAGAUAUACUUUUUCUGAACAAAGGGAUAUAUUUUUCGUUUAGGUGUUUACUUGGACACAUAAAAAUAUCUGAAGGGCUGCACAUGGUCUGAGAAAUGAAUCUGCUGCCACUUUUCGGGAGCCUGAAGAACUUGGCUUGAGAGAUUAGAAUGACCCUGUUUUUAAUCUAUGAAAUCCUAAGAAAGUGCUGCACAGACCUAUCUCUGACCCUGCUGCCUUCCUCUCUCUCUCCCUCUUUCUCUCUGUUGUCAGGUUGUUGCUGAAACCCUGGUGAGUGCCUGCCAUUUUUGUUGUUUGACACUUUAUUCAGGACUCAUGGGGUGGACUCUCAACAAUGCCUUCCAAAUCACAGGGAGGUUUUUUAGAGUGACUACUUGUGCACUGUCAAAAAUGAGGACUUGACUUCGCACAAAAUGUGCAUUUGGUAAUUUAUAUGUACAUAUAGAUGCAAAAUUGCUGAACAUUUAAAUAGAAGUGCAAUACAUCUCGCCAUAGUGGGAAGGCUGUGGCCAGGUGAGCUUUGUGCAGACUCACAUUGCUGUCCAGCUGCUAACGGCUAAUGGGCAGCUUCAAGGCUCCUCCUGCUUUCCUUUUUUGGGCUCUUUACCUUUUAAAGUAGCCUUAUGUUGGUCAGCUCUUAAAACAGCAAACUAUCCUUUGACAGCCCUUCAAAGAGAGGAAUGUCUUUUGCUUAGAGUUGGGCACAUGGCCACUCAGAGGUUUGCCAAACCCAUCUUAGCCCAUAUCUCACUGGCUGUUGGGCCUGCCCUACUGCCUGUAUUCAUCUGGCUCUCCAACCAAAGAUAACCUGAAAACAUUCCCUUACAGUAGUGGGGGAGGAUAAAUUAUAAAGAAUCUACUGUUGGCUUAUUUAGGCAUGACUUCUCGCCUGCAAAACUGGGAAGGCAAGGGAGGGGGUAUGCUUCUCAAAGUACCCAGAGAGGAGCAGAGAAUGUCAAAGGUUUGCAUAAUAACUAGGUAAUUAACUGCACAGGGAGGACAAUUAAAAGCAAUUGGGGAAAUUGUUAGUGACCUGCUAAGUGUUCCAAAACAUAAGAGUGCCAUUAGUUGUGCUGUACAUUUCUCACUACAUAUGAAGCACAUGGGAAGAUGAAUUGUCAUUGCAUUGUUGCAUGUAUUUAUUGUCAAAAGGCAGUUUCACGCAACCUUUUUUGGUGUUUGGGAAGAAAUGGUUGCUAUUUCUGUGUGUUAAUGUCCCACAGGUGACGAUGCAAAAUAUGACCUCCUUUUUUACCUGUUGUGGCAAAAUUUCAAAAAACCAGCUGAGUUGUCCGUUUAGGGGUAGGAAAAGAUGUUAGAGUUACCUAUAGCCUUGAGGUUUCUCGAGGGUGAGGGGUGUCUUCUGUUAUAGACCCAUUAGGCCAGGAGUGAGGAACUGGAUCUGUCUGGCUUGCCACAUCUCCCUCACCACCACAGGCCAAGUUUGACAAGUCAGUCACCUGACAUCAUUGCCCCAUGUGGGCAAAGGCACAUUGCUUUGCAAACCCCCAACAAAAAGUGGAUUGUCAAGGCUUGCAAAGUGCCCUGCAUGAAACUUUUCAGGUAUUCUGAUCAACUACAGUCCCCCUUUUAGUCCACCUGCAUCUUUUUACCUGCCCCACACUUGAUGUCCUAUAUGCCUCCUUGUGUAGGGCCAAUAUGUGGCUUAACCAAAACAGCCUUGCAGGCCAAAUGGAGAGGCCUGUCAGAGCCCUAAUGAUUAGGGAGUGUCUCUCAGUUACAGUCACAUGGGACCUUUUUGAGCCUGAUGGUGAUCUCUCACUGGAUCAGCUCAAAUGGCAAUAUGUUUAGUACACUUGGAGAGAGAAUCGUACUUGGGCAGACUUCUACUUGUUGCCAGCCUUCUCAUAAUAGUCACAGAAGAUUUUGCUGAGCUGCUUUCACAAUCUUUGCUGCCAUAUUAAUGGAGGAAUACAUAGCAACCUUCUUACAGGAAUGCACUAGUAUAUAGGCUCUCAGGAAUCAAAAGGAAAAUAUUUCACUAGCCUGUAUCUUUUGCUGUUCUUCCCCAUCCCUUCAAUCUUCUUUGGUUUCGCAGAAAUUGUCUGAUGUUUCCGGUGAUGAUUCGACAUCUCUGGAGACACGCUUCAUGACCGUCUUGUGUACGCAGAGCUACCCCCAGCUCCGGAGAGGUAAAUAGGGAGGGAGUGGUGUGUUUGUUGAAUGUUGUGGAGCCCGUGCCUAGAUGCAGACUCAUUGACCUGACCUUUCUCAGGCCGUGUUAUUGUAGUUUGGAAAAGGGCAAUUAUUACCUCCUCAGGGGCUUUGAAGGAAAGAGGCUGCUGAUGCAAUUGUUGUGCUACAAAAAAGAAAGAAAGAAAAUCUCCUUUAGCUCAAGAACACCUGCUCCUCUGAUUGAAUUCAGGGUUAGGAGGUUUGUUUCACUAACUGUACUUUUCUGUAGAACAUCUUGAUAUUUGAUACUUCCCUGUGGCAGCACCUAAUCGCCCUUGAACAUACUUGACCUUGCCUAACACACUGUAGAAGCAGACUAAGGGCAUAGCAGUUUUAUGACCCUGCUGUGGCCAGUCCCAUUGCUCACUGAGGACAGUUGGCUAGUUCCCUAGCUUAGCUUUUAGGUCAUUCCAAAGCCGUAGAGGGUUCUAAUUUCUUAUUCUCUACCUUCGAUCCUUGUAGUCUUCCAGGAGUUCGUUAAGAUGACGAACCAUGACGUGGCACAUGCCAUCAACAAGCGGAUGUCUGGAGAUGUGCGCGACGUCUUUUUAGCCAUUGGUGAGUGUCUCUUGCACGGGCGUAAAAAAAAAGAGGCUUGUGCUUUCCUUGCACAUUGAGUGUGGACUUCAGCAAACCUUGCCCUGCCGAACUUGCUCUUGCAACUAGUCCACCUCAACAGUCAACCAAAUUUUUAUAAUAUUCCUGAGAUGAAGCAAGCUGGCUUUAGCUAAAUUUCCUGUUGUAUUCCACUUGCAAAAUAAUGUGGGGGGUGGUAAUUGUAAUUUUAUGUUGUAAACUGCCCUGAGAUCUAUGGGUAUAGGCAGUAUACAAAUUUAAUAAAUAAAAAUAAUAAAAAUAAAGUAUUUCACAGAAUUCAGCUAUUCCAGUGAAUGGUAUUAAUGUCUAAGAGAGGCUAUAUGGGCGAUCUAUUAUGUAUCCAGUGGGGACUUAGCUAUUGGCCUGUUGGGGAAGGAGUGGUAGGUGGGAUGCCUCCUAACCAGCUGAAAUCUUACGUUGGUGCACUAUGCACCUUUCCCAACAUUUGUCUGCAUGUUUUCAGUCUUUAUUUGUACAGCUUUGAGAGCUAGAAACUUGCUCUGUGCAGAUUUCAAACACCUUCGGCUGAGACUUGGCUGUUAGAUAGAAUCAGUGAAUAGGAUCUCACUGACACUGUAACCCUCAGCAGUAUGUCAUAUAGGUCUUAGAGGCUUCAAGCACUAUCUUUAUCAGUGACUUUCUGCUUGGUUGCAGUAUGUUGAUUCCCUCAGGCUGGCUGACCUGCCUGCAAUCUUGUUCUCCUGAACAGACUUUUAAAAAUGUACCUUCACCAAGACUAACAGGAAAUGGCCGCCACCCACUGCGAGCUUUGCCACCACUGAGCUCGAAUGUGGCUUCUUCAAUGGCUGCUUCUCUAGUCAUCUUGUAGCAUGUCAGUGGGCCUGUUGAAUUCACUGCAGACCCAGAGAUCCCCUCCAGUAGUGUCCAGAGAAGGACGCUGGAUAGACAAGAAGCCUGGAGAACAGUCGAGAGAAGCAACGCCUGCUGGAUGCAUUGCCCCUUGCUGCAUAGUUAAAACAUUUUGCAACAUCCUUGCACACUUAAAUUUUGCAAUUCCCUCACAGAACAGGAAGUGGCUACCCAACCAUCCAUAUGGCUUUCCUCCUACUGCAAACAACAGAAUCAUGUGCAGUUUUUCAAAAAAUAUCUAUGGUUUUUUUCUUUAAUGGAGAUGAAGCAACCACACUAUACAUUUAGAGCCCUCUGCUUGCAAACCUGGGCUCUAGAAACCUACAUCCAUCUGUGAUUGACCCAGACUGCAAACAUGAACCAUUUCCCCCACCAUGUCAACCAAAUUUGGACAUUCAAUACACUAAUUGUGUGUGGGGGGGUGCUUUCCAAGAGCUGAGUUUUCCUCUCCACUCCUUUCUUUCUACACACAAACUAAAAAUGCAACCAGAGACACCGUAGCUCUUUAAAAACAUGGGUGUGGGGGUUGACUGAGAUGGGGCUUCCUGUUCAAUGUUUUUAUGUUGCACUGCUCUUUCUUUCAAGUGCGGAGUGUCAAGAACAAGCAAGCUUUCUUUGCCGACAAGCUGUACAAGUCCAUGAAGGUAAAAACUACACUCCAUUUGCUGUUUUGACUCUCACCAGGGAAGGGAAGGCUAGAUCAGUAGCUUUUUAAUUACGAUAAUAAUCAUCUGAUUGCAAAGUAGGAGCUUGGGGUGGUUUCCCGAAUAGGUCUGCAUUUGAGAAGGCCAGGGAUGGCUAAUUCCUGCUUGUGAUUCACUGAAACAAUCAGGAGGCCCCUUCAGCAAAUAGUGUGUUGCUUGUGUGAAGGGAGUCGAUUUGGAGAAUUUGUCAGUGAAACAGAUGCAGCAAUGAGAGUCACAGUGCUCAAGGCUUGCAUCGUUCUACCAUUUCAAAUAUAGAGCUUUGCUCUAAAGAGGUUGAGUGGGGUGGCAGCAACAACUGAGUGAACCAGCUACCUGGUAUGUGCCCAGCACCAGCUCAUCUCUCAAUGCUGAUGUGCAUUAGCAGAACAGAUCAUGAAGCUCCCAUUCUACCAUCUGCCAAGUAUCACUGUAAACAAAAGCACUCUACCUCUGGUUGAUAGAGCUUGUUGCCACCUUUUCAAAAUAUUCUGCUGAUAGCAAUGUACGGGAAAGUCCCCUCACUUCCUGCCCUUGCUCUCUCUUUAAAAAAAUCAAUAAAUUCUUACUGGUUUUUCGAUCUCCCAAGGGUGCUGGCACAGACGACCGAACUCUUAUCAGGAUUAUUGUCUCAAGGAGUGAAAUUGAUCUGCUCAACAUCCGGCGUGAAUUUUGGGAUAUUUAUGACAAAUCUCUCUAUCACAUGAUCGAGGUAAUAAGAGGUUCUGGCUUUUGCCAGCACAAAUGUGCCUGUUUGUGUGCAGUGAGCUGUGCUGACCUUUAUGAUUUGUUUCAUGUACAUCUUUGACUGGGUUGUACUCACAGCAGCCUGUUCAUACCAGGUGAAUGUUCCACCCAAGCAUAGGUGGCAAAAAGAAUGUGCAGUCAUAGUAAGACUACUUCACACCAUUAGAAUUUCCUCCAUAGAGAUGUGUCUUCCUGUAAGAACAACCGUAGACUAAAAUUUGACGUGUAUGGGCAUAUGUGCUUUACCACGAUAGCAUCUAAUCAGACAGCUGCUAUGAGUAGCAGGUGCCUGAUCAAUGUACUUGUACACUUCCAAAAUUACCUGGGCUUUUUCCUAGACAGAGAAUGAGCAAAACUGUAACCUUCAAAAGCAGCCCUUCAGAUUUCUUUGAAGAAUAACUCAUCAGCAAACAAUAAUAAGGAGAUGCUAAAGGAAAUGUAACAUCCACAUUAAGAAAUGAUAUCAUUUUAUGCUAUCUUAAUAGUUACGGCUUAUGCUAAAGAAUCCUAGUCGUUUGAGGCUUCUCUGGCACAAAGUAAUGAUAGUUAAAUCCACUUAAAGGCUGCAGUGUAGAUACAUCAAAAUGUUGGCAUUGCCUUAAAAAGAUCAUUUUUAAGUUUCUUUAUCCUCCGAUUUACCAGUGAGGCUGAUCACUUGUAGGCAUUUCUGGUUUUCAUUUUGUCUUCCUUUCUUCUUUCAGAAGGACACCUCUGGAGAUUACCGCAAAGCCUUGCUAGCCAUUUGUGGGGAAGAAAAGUAACCAGCAGGUGACUCUUGUGGAAGCUCGUCCUCAUGUCUGUGCCGGCGUCACUCACAUAUGUGUAGCCUAGAUAUAUCACUGUUGCUUUUAGAAGCAUCAGGGGAUGUUUUGGAUCCACUGAGAAGAUUCACAUUGGCUGGGAGGGGGGGAAGAUAUUGCAGAAGAGCUUAACACUGCAAACAACAAAGACCACAGGGAUUGCUCAGUCCAGUGGGUAGGGGAGUUGUCUAAACUGGUGCAAAACUAAGUAAUGUACACAAGUCCAAUGAAGUAGCACUGUUGUAGGUAUUUUAAACCAAAGAAAUAAAAUGUUACACGUUGCUGGCCACCGGAA